GGGCCAUGUGCCCGUGAGUAUAAGAAGGCCCCGCCGCCGGCAACAUGUCGUCAGUCGCAGCCACAGCUCGCUAUCCGCUCCUCACCGUCAGCCACAGGGCUUACUAAUCUCCUUCCGCAGGAAUAAUGAUCGCUCAGGUGACCUUCGCCCUCCUGGUGGGAUACGCUUCAUGUCUGGCUACACACUACGGUGUCGGCGCAGGCCACUACGGCGGUGGUGCGUACGGCUACGGUGGAGGCCUUAUAGCUGCUCCUGCUGUAGUCAAAGCCAUUGUUGCUGAACCCGCCUACCCCCCGCAGCCAUACGAGUUCGGCUAUGACACCGUGGACGAGUUCGGCACGAGGCUCACUCGUCAGGAGAGCAGUGACUCGGCCAACCAAAAGAAGGGUUCGUAUGGCUACACCGACGCCAACGGCAUCUACCGCCAAGUGAACUACGUGGCCGAUGCCGGCGGCUUCCGUGCCACCAUCUCGACUAACGAACCCGGCACUGCUCCCGGUGAAACCGGCGGGGCUGUGUACGAUGCCAAACCCGUCGCCGUAGUCGACAAGCACCACGUCAAGGCGGCCGCCGCCAUCCUGGCUCCCACCUACGCCGUUCAUCCGGGAUACUUUGGCAAAUACUGAGCUCCGAAAACGCACCGAGCAACGCGUGACGCACGUGGGAAUCAGCUAUCCCAUUUGUCUAUGACAGAGUUGGUCUUAGCUGCGCAUUUUUCCCGUGGGUGCGAUGGGCUGAACGAUUUGUUUCUAUAUGGCGGACUUGAUCGGUGAACAGGAGAAACGUACGUGGUUCGCGGAGGCGUCGCGAAGCAGACAUAUGUGAUAGCUGUGGUCUGGCCAACUGUGAAGUGCUCCUACUGUCUGCCAAGAUGCAAAAAGGAUACUGUUUCAUAGGCUGGCGGGAAACAGCGCUAGAAUUUGCUCCGUAGCAUACGUCACCCAUAGGAGUGGCAUGCAGCUCCCUCGUCUGCAGUUGAUUUGGGACAUUCCGAACACAAAAAAGCAAAAAAAAAGAAACGAAAGCAGAAAAGGAUACUGUUAUGCAGUUGGGACUUUCAAGGAGUUCAAAACAUAGCGUUACACCUCCUGGAGAUAGCGAUAAGAUCGACAGCGACCCGUGCGUCACCGUGGCUUCAGGACUUCAGAAACGGCCUCGGCAUAAAUUUUUCAGUUCCUAGGGGAACAGAGACAUGGGUCGGCGAGCUUCGGCGGUGAGGGGCGAACGCUUGCCUAUAGCCUCUCCCAAGAAGCAGAAUUCCUUUCUCAAUGGUCUCCGUCACCAUUCACUGCAACGUAUUUAAUGUGGCUAUUGUUCUUGCACGGUUUCCGCUGUCUGUAUUGCUUCAAACUUCUUGCGCUCAGUGCUCUCUUCUGUCCUUCCACUGCCCUGCAGGACCCGCAAUGCUUAAGCGACAUGUCAUCGUGUGAAUUUUUGUGAUUGUGCGCUUUUCUUGUGCGAUCGAGCGAAGGGGGAAAUGCUGCGCUUUGUUCGUGUGAUUGUGUUUGUGAUGGUAGUGCGUCGAGGAUGCCAGACUCGUUGAGCAAUGUGAUUCGGGCAAAAAGAAGCCCGAUCGCUCCGUUCAUUUUGAGUCGUCGGGGUUUCUCAUUUGGCUUUCGAGCGGUGUCUCUUAGAAAUGCGUGUGGAUAAGCUAUAUGUUGUCUUUUGUGUUUUGUCUGCUUGUUAUAUGUACUGUGCUGUCUGUCGCCUAUUUAUUGAGAACGCAAUAAACAUCAAAGUAUUAUUUAAGCAUA